ACCCGCGCCGCGCAACGCUGCGCUGCGCUGGGAUUCCGGGAGGGAAGUGCCGCGCGGUGUCCCUGGCGUCCUCAGUCCUGCCCCCCGAAGUGGAGAUGCGCGAGAGGCAGGCGAAGGCGCGCAGCUCGUGAGACGCCGCGCCAGCCGGCACCAUGCGCCUGCGGCCGCUGCCCCUCGUCGUGGUCCCUGGCUUGCUGCAGCUGCUCUUUUGUGACAGUAAAAAGGUGGUGCAUGCCACGGAGGGGCUGGAUUGGGAAGACAGAGAUGCUCCCGGGACCCUGGUGGGAAACGUGGUGCCCUCAAGGAUCAUCAAUCCUCUGCGCCUGUUUGUUAAACAGUCUCCAGUGCCCAAGCCUGGACACUUGGCCUAUGCGGACAGCAUGGAAAACUUUUGGGAUUGGCUGGCCAACAUCACGGAGGUUCAGGAGCCAUUGGCAAGAACUAAACGGAGGCCAAUAGUGAAAACAGGAAAAUUUAAGAAAAUGUUUGGAUGGGGCGACUUCCACUCCAACAUUAAAACUGUCAAACUCAACCUCCUCAUCACGGGGAAAAUUGUUGACCAUGGAAAUGGAACCUUCAGUGUUUAUUUCCGACAUAAUUCCACAGGCCUGGGCAACGUUUCUGUGAGUCUGGUACCCCCCUCCAAAGUGGUGGAAUUUGAAGUUUCCCCACAGUCUACCUUGGAGACCAAGGAAUCCAAAUCUUUCAAUUGUCGCAUUGAGUAUGAAAAAACAGAUAGGGCGAAGAAGACUGCGCUGUGCAACUUUGACCCGUCCAAGAUCUGCUACCAGGAGCAGACUCAGAGCCAUGUUUCCUGGUUAUGCUCCAAGCCCUUCAAGGUCAUUUGCAUCUACAUUGCCUUUUACAGUGUUGACUAUAAACUUGUGCAAAAGGUCUGUCCUGACUACAAUUACCAUAGCGAGACUCCAUACUUAUCUUCCGGCUGAAUCUUUCCAUUGGAAGGCAGGACAAAUACACCAUUCAGUUAAAAUGACCAAGAACUAAGCCCAGCUCUUCAUGGUAAAGGAUCCCUUUUGUUUCUGGCAGUGAACUUUCAUUCCAUAUAAGGUUUUCAAAUUUUAAAAAAGAAUAAGAAACAUCUUUAAAUAUGCAAUGUGUUUGUUUUGAUCAUCAGUACCUUAAUCUAAAGAGUCAAACUGUAUGAAGCCAUCAUUCUCAUAUAGGAUGGCUAAGUCCACCAGAAUAUCACUGAUUUUCUAAAAGAAAUGAAGAUGGUAGCAACAUGUAACAGGAAAGAAUCAACUUAUGCAUGUGAUAAACAUUGCUCUUAAAAGGAGCCCGCCUUUGAAAUAUGUUUUGGAAGGUUACCUUAAAAAUAGCAGAUUCAGUAAAGUAACUGAAAAGAUUGUAUUUGAUAGAUGAGUCACGUUUCUGACAUGGAAUUCUAUUUUUUAUUGCUGUAUUUUCUCCCACAUCUGUGCUGUUACUUAUAUGAGAGAUGAAGGGGUAAAAGUUGUUUCAAAACUCAUGCUUGAAGUUAGAGUGCCCCAGUGCAACUAAACACUUUAUUAUCUGAGCUAGAGUUGAGUGGAAUGUGAUUUAAACACUUGGCCCUGGGUUGAUCACCAUCCUUAGGAUUCUCAUCUGAGUGGUAAUAUUCAUGCCUUAAGAAAGCAAAUCUGGAUAUAGUGUAAGUCAGUUCUACAAUAAUGACGAUCAGGACGGUAUUAGACUGUUUUGCCAAAUACAAUGUUGUGAGAUUGGCUAAAAUCUCUUAAAUCUAUAUUCACCCUGUAACCUCCUUCUAUUAAUUUGGUAGUAUGAUUUUUAUAUACAUGUGUAGAACAACACUGAAAUUGAGAGAAAGUGAUUAUUUCCUAGACUGGAAUGGGAAAGAAACUGGAAGUGGAAGGAGGAAAUUGCAAGAUGGUGUUUUCAUUAUUUCUAGCCUCUUAGAUUAAGUUCCCCUUGGAUUUAAUUAUUUAAAGUAGGAAUCAGAUUCUAUGUGGAAAUAAGAGUAUGUUUAAACAUUGCUGAUUAUUAUUAAGUGUUAAUAACCAAGCUACGUGACUCACCAGGCCUUUGAAAUGACUUCCAAAUAAAUGUUGCUUCACAGUGGCAUCCUCCUCAUCUUCUUAGAGGCGGUCCUCCUGUGUCAUAGAAGUGGAUGGUCUCUGAAGUAGCACAGAGGGAGAGUCCGGCUGACCUGUGAAAAGGGUUCUAGAACUUGUGAGACCCACGGAAUAGUUACUCUUCUUUACAAUAGACGUCAACUUUUUCUCCCUUCUUAUCUGUAAAAUAUCAGUUAAAGCAAAAUAUUAAAUUGAGAACUAAAGGAAGACCAUUCCUAAUGAACAAAAAUGCUCUUACCAUGUUGUUCCAAAAGCCAGCAGCUCUGGUCUCUAUUUUGCAUCUCCAAUCCUUUCCUUUUCCUGGUGAUAUCUGCACAGUGUUUGGUUUCUGUCUUUUGUAAAAAUUGUACUAGGCUUAAUGUGUGAUAGUACAGGCUUGACAUUUCUGCUCUGAGUCCAUCAGGUGCUUUUGUAAUUUUGUGGUUGGUGUGAAAUACUUCAAGACAUCUUUUUAUUUUCACCUAGAAACAAUAUUAAAAUGCUAUUUAUUGUA